UCAAACUUUGAUAAGCAAUACUCCAUAUCAGGACAAAAAUAUCAUGCGAAGACCAGGUUAAUUGCACUGUUACAGAUUCGUUGGGCAAGUUUCGACGUCAACUAUUAUUCAAAAUUUUGCAGACGUUGUCUUCUUUAUGUAACAUUUUGUACACAGUUCGUGUUCUGAGCCAAUUUUCUGUUAUCAACCUUGUGAAAAUAUAACGCCUUAAUCCAGCGAGCUGUGCAUAUUCACAGUGAACUUUGCACCCACUUCAAGACUAUCAUUUUGUCGAUGUGGAAGAUAAUACGAUAGAUCACAACAAUUCAAUAUUAUGUUUUUCGAAAGCCAGUUGACUAUGCAACGUUUCUCCUCGUCACUAACAAUUUUAGGUUUGAUUGAUUUCGGCUUCAUGAACGGAAGUUUAAAAUGCAUGGGUGAAAAACUCGUUCAAAACAAGCUGAUCAGAGGCAUGUCCUCAGAGGUUCAUAACAAUCAACUAUAGUAUAGUUUGAUUUUCAUAUCGGCAAGAAGUUGACGAUAAAGAAUUGGUUCGCUUACUUCCGCUGACUCAUUCUCAAAUAUAAAAUCGAAAAAAAAAGGUAAGACUUGGACUGAUGAAUAAUUUGAGUAAAAGUCUUACCAUCAGAGACAUAUCUAGUUAAUUUCUAUGAAAUUUGAGCUCUCGUGAAAACGAAAAUACUAAAGUAAAUACUGUAGAAAUCCAACGCCAAUUACGUAAUCGCAAAAAUGAUGAGUUCUUUCGCAAAUUUCAAAAAGAAUUGUUACAAAUGUUAAUAACAAUAAUACAAGCUCACAAAAGAUGAUUAUCAACUGAGGGUAUAUAAUUCUCAUUCUGCAAAACAACUUUAAAAGUUAUUGAGAACGCGUUCAGGUGAAUGUGUUCUGAAUGGUGGAAGAAGAUACUGUUCAUUAAGCAGAUUAAGUCACGGCAACAGAUAACAAGUGGUUGUCAAGGCAGUUGUAUCUACAGAAUCAGGAAACUAAUGAUUUCUAUUCUUUUAGAACAUCAUGAAGAUACUAACUGGUAUUCUCCAUGUUAGUCCAGCAUACACGAAAGAAAAACGCGAAAAAAAAAACACGCGCGUUCGUCUAAAGGGAGCUCAGUAAUCAAUAGUUGCAUUGUUGUUAGCUGAUAACAAAAAAAUCCCAUGAAUUACAUCUUUUCGAUCUUCCCAAGCCGGAUCGCAUUAUUGAGGAAGGCAUUUUUUCACCGUUAUCUCUUGACAAAUCGAAGCUAUAUUCGUUGAAAGGUUUUUUUAUCCCUCUGUUUUGUGAGCAUGUUGCUUCAACGCCCAAAAGUAGUACACUUAUGACGAUAAGUACCUGGUCUUUUCUUCGCUUUUCUUUUACAUUUUAUAUCUUUUUAUGAAUUUGUCUGCAUUUUUGCUUCAUUCGCUCAUUUGUCCGUGUAUUUGUUUGUUUUUUUUCCUUGUUUGUUUUUUUUUGGUCAGUUUGUCAUCUUGUUUGCGGUUACAUUCACUUGCGCCUUUUUGUGUGAUUGCUAGUCAUCUGCUUUAACCCGAAGUUAGUCUGAUUGUUUGAUUCGGUUGUUGGCAUGCGUUGGUUGGCUGUCAAAUUCGGAUGAAUUUUUCGUGUUAGUAUCGUUGCAUAUGAUCUUAUAUGCGGCAUGAGUGAUAUUGGUGAAACUAAACAUAUAUCUUUUAAGUGCAUUUUUAAUGAUUUCUUUCCAGCUUACAGGAUGGAGAAACCAGUGAUAAUAAUUUCUCAAGUUGCGAUCAUUCUGACAGCCUUAGUUUCUUUUAUAGCAGCACAAUCCACGUCUUUCAGCCCAACACCAUCCAUUCAACAAACAUUUGCUGUUUCAAAUCAGACUGAGAUGCUUAACGCUUCAAUGACAACAGUUCAACAUCAAAUAACAUCCGUUCAUGUCCAACCUUCAUCAACGGAAGUCAGUCGUCCAAACAGCAAAAUAAUGAGUACUCCUCCCAGCUCUACAGCAAAAGUCAACGAAGAAGACAAAAUAGAAGAGGAUGAGGAUAAAAAGAAAGAGACGGCGAUUAUAGCGGCUAGUUGCGGAGGAGCAGCCGUCGUGUUUAUUGGUUUAACGUUAGUAAUAUGGAAUCACAGAAAAGAGGGCAACACAUAACUAAAUGAAGUACGACAGAAACCUAAGAUCCUCUGAGUAGCGAGUAGCCAAGUAUUAUAAACACAAGUUAUUUUCCUGAUCAAUAGUUGCACUUAAAGCUCAGCAAAGUAGUUGGCUAAGCCAAGAUAAAUCUCGCGUCAAACUGACGCAAAGUCGAAACACGACCUGGGUGCUUUCAGGAAAAUCUUGAUGGUCGUUAUUUUAUUGCUAGAC